UAACCCGGAAGUGCUUCUCGUUUCGGUAGCAGUGGGAGGAGAGCGCAGCGUGCUGGAGUGUGGAGUGGCGGCUGUUCCCUGUCCUCAGUAUGCAGAGCUUACUCUCUCCGCCCUUGAAGGCCUUGAUGAGGAGCCCGCAUCUCCGACUCCUGGUUCCUCGGGCGGCGCCUAGCACACAGUGUGGUUGCAGCUGUGGGAUCAGGAGCACCUUAAGGCCAGGGCAGUACAGCACCAUCUCUGAAGUAGCUUUACAAUCUGGAAGGGGUACAGUGUCCCUUCCUUCAAAGGCUGCUGAGCGAGUAGUGGGCCGAUGGCUCCUGGUCUGCAGUGGAACAGUGGCUGGAGCUGUUAUCCUUGGUGGAGUAACUAGGUUGACAGAGUCUGGCCUCUCAAUGGUAGAUUGGCAUUUAGUAAAGGAGAUGAAGCCGCCUACAAGCCAAAAGGAAUGGGAAGCAGAAUUCCAAAAAUACCAGCAAUUUCCAGAAUUUAAAAUCUUGAAUCAUGAUAUGACAUUGGCAGAAUUCAAGUUCAUCUGGUACAUGGAGUACUCACACCGAAUGUGGGGUCGCCUUGUAGGCCUCGCGUACAUCUUGCCUGCUGCCUACUUUUGGAGAAAGGGCUGGCUCAGCCGCAACAUGAAAGGACGUGUUCUUGCCCUCUGUGGUUUAGUCUGCUUCCAGGGUCUGUUGGGAUGGUAUAUGGUGAAGAGCGGGUUGGAAGAGAAGCCCGAUUCCCAUGACAUCCCUCGGGUCAGUCAGUACCGCCUCGCUGCCCACCUGGGAUCAGCCCUUGUCCUGUACUGCGCCAGCCUGUGGACCUCGCUCUCACUGCUGCUUCCCCCGCACAAGUUGCCUGAAACCCGUCAACUCCUACGGUUGAGACGAUUUGCUCAUGGGACAGCAGGCUUGGUGUUCCUUACAGCUCUCUCAGGGGCUUUUGUGGCAGGAUUGGAUGCUGGGCUGGUUUACAACUCCUUCCCCAAGAUGGGAGAGUCUUGGAUCCCAGAGGACCUCUUUACCUUUUCCCCCAUCCUGAAGAACGUCUUUGAGAAUCCCACCAUGGUGCAGUUUGAUCACCGGAUUCUGGGAAUCACUUCAGUUACUGCCAUUACGGCGCUCUACCUCCUGUCCUGGAGAAUCCCCCUUCCUCGAAGGACCAAGAUGGCCGCCGUGACGCUGCUGGCUUUGGCAUACACACAGGUAUAAACCAUCUCUUUUUGGUCUGAGGUUGGCC